AGGGAGAACCCAGCAGCAGCGUGGCACUGCAGAGCAGCCAGGAUGGGAGCACAGAGCCUGUUGGUGGCUUGCGGGGUCCUGGCUUUGUGCCUGGCACUCACCAGGGCCACCAACCCUGGCUUCGUGGUGAGGAUCACUCAGGCAGGCUUGGACUAUGCCCAUCAGCAUGGGAUCACGGUCCUGGAGAAGGAGCUGGCCCAGUUGAAGCUGCCGGACAUCUCGGGUGACUUUCGCAUCCGGCACGUGGGAAAGGUGUACUAUGAGAUCUCCAGGCUGGACCUUCGCAGUUUCAACUUGCCAUACUCACGCAUUUCCCUGGUCCCCAACGUGGGUCUGCAGGUCUCCAUCUCCAACGCCUUCGCUGAGCUGGAUGGAAACUGGCGGAUCAAGUUAUACUUCAUCCGGGACCAUGGCUCAUUUGACCUGAAGGUGGAGAAUGUCUAUAUCAAGAUCAGCCUGAAGCUGGGUAGCGACGCUGCUGGGAAACCCACCGUUGACACCUCUGACUGCAGUACCCGCAUCUCCAAAGUCCGGGUACACUUCUCGGGCAAGUUUGAAUGGCUUUACAACCUCUUCCACAGCGCUAUUGAGUCCAGAUUCCGGAAGAUCUUGGAGAGCAAGGUCUGUGAGAUGGUGGCCACGUCUGUGCGCAACAAUCUCCACCCUUACGUCCAGACCCUGCCAGUCACAGCCAGAAUAGAUGCCAUGGCUGGGAUCGAUUACUCCUUGGUGGCACCCCCAACUGCUACCGCGCAGUCCCUGGAUGCGGACUUGAAGGGUGAAUUCUUCUCCCUGGCCCACCGCUCUGCUGUCCCCUUCCCUCCGCUGCCGCUGGCCUUCCCCCCGGAUCACGACCGCAUGGUUUACUUUGGGGCCUCCAGCUACUUUUUCAACACAGCCAGCUUCACCUACCAUGCCGCCGGGGCACUGGUCUUCGAAAUCACGGACUCCACGAUCCCGAAGGGCGUUGACCUCCACUUGAACACCACCACCUUCUCAGCCUUUAUUCCCCAGCUCGAGAAGAUGUACCCAGACAUGCCGAUGAAGCUCAGGCUGUCCACCCCCUCUGCCCCAUUCCUGAACAUUGGACCAGAGGGGCUCUCGCUCAAGCCUGUUGUGGAUAUCCAGGCUUACGCCAUCCUUCCCAACACCAGCCUGGUUCCUCUCUUCCUCCUCAGCCUGACAAGCAACGUGUCUGCUGUGGUCGACGUGAAAUCUGGCCACAUAGUUGGGAGCUUGAAGGUGGGCAGGAUGAAGCUCUCUGUGAAGAAUUCAGAUGUUGGCACUUUCCAGGUGCGAAUGCUGCAGUCCAUAAUGAACAUCUUCACUUCCAGUAUCCUGCUCCCACGUCUUAAUGCCAGGCUAGAACAGGGUUUCCCUCUGCCACUGCCGGACAGAAUAACGCUCUCCAAUAUCCUCGUGAGGUUUCACCAGAACUUCCUGCUGCUCGGAGCAGACGUCCACUACCAGCCCCGGGGACGGUGAUAAGGCAAGAGAGGGGCCACGAGCAUCAAAAAUGCCCCUUCCUGCUCCUUCUGCCCCCGGCCCCACCGCUGGAGCCAAACACCCGGAGCUGAAGCCCUGCCGCUGCGGCCCUUACCGCCUGCCUCGUCCAAGCCCCAUGGCCCCCACCGGGCCUGCUGAGAGAUGGGGGUCCCUGG